AUGUUCCAAAAAGCAUCUGCUGAUUGUGUUAUAAGCAACUAUCAUAGAGCUUUAAAUAUCACUUGUGAUGGUGGAAUCAAAUUAAAUCAAAAAUUGCCAUCCACAGAUGAAGUUUUAUCACACCCAAAGUUAGCAUCAAUAAUUUUUUCGCACCGUAAUAAACAAAGGAUUAUGAAUAGAAUACACAAUCUAAAAGAUACAACAAAGAAAUUAAGAGUGCAUAUAACACCAACCGAUGUGAUUAAGGAGUUGCUUUGUCCAGCAGAGACUUCGUUCAACGUAAAGAUCUGUGGCGGAAAGAGGGGUUUCGAUGUUGAAAGGGAAAGAUCUAAGAGUUCAGGUUAUGUCAUCCAUCCUUGCAGUAAGAUAAGACAAUACUGGGAUCUUGUCAUUAUGGUUAUGCUGAUAUUAAACAUGUUUUUUCUUCCGUUGGAUAUCGCGUUUUUUGCUAAUAACUACGACUUUGCUUGGAUGGUUUUUCAUGUAACAUCUGACACGCUAUGCUUGGUUGAUAUCCUGUUGAAUUUCAGAACUGCUUAUCGUGUCAAUAAUAAGGAGUUAAAACAUUUUGAAUUAGAUCAUAAAAAGAUUGCGAAACAUUACCUUAAAACUUGGUUUACAUUGGAUCUGAUCAGUUCUCUUCCGAUCCAUUAUAUUAUUUUAAUCAGCUCUCGACACACUGAUAAUCUCAGCCUUGGCUUAAAAGGUGCUUCUAGAGCACUGAAGAUUCUAAGAGUUGUUAAAAUAUUGAAUCUAUUGAAACUACUGCGUCUUUCGCGAAUCAUUCGUGGUAUAACACAAUAUGAAGAGGCUUACUGUUUAACGUUUGGGUUGUUGCGAUAUAUAAAGCUUAUAUCGAUGAUGCUAAUUGUCGCACAUUGGAAUGGCUGCCUUCAUUUUAUGUUGCCAAUGCUCCAGGAGUUCCCGCCCAAUUGUUGGGUGAAGCUAAGCAAACUAGAGAACGAAGCCUGGUAUGUCCAGUACGGUUGGGCAUUGUUUAAGACUCUUUCGCAUAUGCUAUGUAUUGGAUACGGUCGAUUUAUUCCUGAAUUAUUAUCCGAAGCUAUUGCUACCAUUUUUACUAUGGUGACAGGAGCUACGUUCUACGCUCUUUUUAUUGCGCACUCGAUGGCUUAUGUAAUCCAAAGUGAUUUGUCGAAUAAUGUGUAUCAAGAAAAGUUGAACGAACUCAACGACUACAUGGUCUAUCGCUUUCUACCAGACGAAACAAGAAAGCGCGUCUCGGAGUAUUUUGAACAUAAACAUCAGAGAGGAAAAUUUUUCAAAGAUGAAGAUAUCUUAGCAGAAAUGUCAAAACCUCUAAGAGAUGAGAUCCUGAAUCAUAUAUGCGCUGAUUUUGUUAAAGGCUUGACUAUCCUACAAACUGCGCCAGAGCCAUUUAUUUCGUCAUUUCUAAGCAAGCUAAAGUACGAGGUAUAUUUAAAUACAGAUACUAUUUUCGAAGAAGAAACGCCCAGUGACGAGAUGUUUUUCAUACGUAAGGGAACGUUACGGUUAACCUUUCAAAAGACCCUUAUUGAAAAUCUCUACACGGGUUCGUUUUGUGGAGAACUGAGUAUUCUAAGCCGUAGUCGAAGAUUGCUAACAGCAACAGCCACAUCAACAUGCGAUGUGCUAGUUCUAUCUCGACAACAUAUGAGCGAAUUAUUGGAAGAAUACGAAGAGAUGAAACCAGUUUUCGAACACACAGCUAUUAGCAGAAUAAUAGCCAUCUGUCGUCAGAGUGGCUUUCUUUCUUUAUCAACGACGCGUCACUUAAUGAUUCUCGACAACCACCGUUCUUUACUGACUCAACUAUGCAGACACAUCAGACAAAUAAAAGACGCAGUUGGUGAUGAUAACAUGUUGAAAGAGAAAGAUGCUGUCGGGAUCACCGCAGCACUAAAUAUGCUCAUCGACGAACACAUGAAACUUCACUCAGGUUGUAGCUUUUUAAAAUUGUUUCCAAAGCCGGAACAUUUUGCGAGCCAAUUGAGUUGCUUUAUCUGGUCCAUCAAAAAGCGUUCACAGAGAAGAAUUAACGCUGAUUUUGCAUUUACAAUUAUUAUGCCUGGUGUCGAAUUUAUUAGAGUGAAAUUACUUGCAUAA